AGGGCAUCGGGGGCAAGUUUCCGCGGGCCACUCUCAGCAGCGCACCAACCGGAAGUGUCUGUAUUGUGGCGGAAGGAGGUGCUCUCUGGGAGCCGCCGGUGCCGAAAGAAACGUGGCCGGCAAAGAUGAUUCAGGCGAUUCUGGUUUUCAACAACCACGGGAAGCCGCGGCUGGUCCGCUUCUAUCAGCAUUUUCCAGAAGAAAUUCAGCAGCAGAUUGUUCGAGAGACCUUCCAUCUAGUUCUCAAGCGGGAUGACAACAUUUGUAACUUCUUGGAGGGUGGAAGUUUGCUUGGUGGCUCUGACUACAAACUGAUUUAUCGGCACUAUGCUACCCUCUACUUUGUUUUUUGUGUGGAUUCAUCAGAGAGUGAACUUGGGAUCUUGGACCUCAUCCAGGUUUUUGUGGAGACCCUGGAUAAAUGCUUUGAAAACGUUUGUGAGCUGGAUUUGAUCUUCCAUAUGGAUAAGGUACACUACAUCCUCCAGGAGGUGGUGAUGGGGGGGAUGGUGCUGGAAACGAACAUGAACGAAAUCGUGGCUCAGAUUGAAGCUCAGAGCAGGCUGGAGAGAUCUGAGGGUGGCCUCUCAGCAGCCCCCGCCCGGGCCGUGUCUGCUGUGAAAAACAUCAACCUGCCAGAGAUCCCUCGGAACAUCAACAUUGGAGAUCUCAACAUCAAAGUCCCCAACCUGUCCCAGUUUGUUUGAGGGUUGAAGACUGGUCUGAACUGGAGUCCUUGAAACAAGCGAAGUCAAGCCAGUCCCGCAGCAGAGCCCACCCUGAGCCUUAGAGCCCAGCCUCGGGCCUGCCCCUCGUGUUGUGGGUGGGGAAGGGAGUCCUCAGUUCUCACAUGUGCAGCCUUGCUGGCCUCUGAUACACGUGGCCCCUGCAGAUGUGCGGGGACCCUGGCUGCUUUGGGAAGUGGGGGCGGUCAGCGCACCCCGCCACUCACACCCUUUACCUACCGCACACAGCCACUCCCAGGAACUGGGGACUGUGUUGAGAGGCCUACCUGCUUCCCAGAACCCCACCACCAGCGCUUCUCUGACUGGAGUCUUCAUCCUGAGCGCCCUGAGGUUUCUGUCCUGCAGCAUUUCCUGCUGGCAAGGUGUCAGAGCAGGAAAGGCCAGCCCUUCAGAUUUGGGGGUGUGAAUGGCCGGCAAGGGGAGGUGUUUAGGAGAGCCAGAGUUGCCUAUUGGCUCUGCUAGGGUUGUCGUACCCAGAAUCCCUCUGUGUAGUCAGGCUUUCUCAUGAUCGCCUGCAGGACAUAUUUCCCCUGCUGCCGAGUCAUAGUUCUGCUCUCACAGAUGUUUCUGCGUAGGACACAGUCCAAGUCGUGAGCCUGGCACGUGGUUCUGCUAACAGAGCACCCCCACAUGGCUAUCUCUCCAGCACAGCCAAAGGGUCCCCCACAAACUGGGGAAAAGGCGCUGUGUCUGUAGAAGGUAAAGCUGACAACAUGUAGAACAUCUCGGAAUUACUGCUCUUAACCAGGUUUAAAUACACUCUUUCACGGGGAGUAAACAGUCACUUGCUGUGUUCUGAGUGAUGAGUCUCCUCGGUCCAGGAAACCCACUGCUGCCCCGCUUCUGGUGAGAAGCCCGAGCUGUGAUCGCCUGCUCUGGCCCCCACACGGGGAAGGCUGGGGAUGUGGAAAGCCAGCGGAGGCCACGGCAGUGCAGCACUUUCUCCCAGGGUGAGGGGUUCCCCACCCCCACCCCCAGCUCUGCUUAUGGGCCUUGUUCCCCCUCAGGUGACAUUCUCCCAGAGCUGGCUUAGGGACCUGUGUUUACAGGUGUGAGAAGAAUCCUUCCUGUGGUCAGGUUAGAGCUGAAAAAAGCCCCGGUGCUGCCGGGAGGCCAGGUCCCCGGUAUAGGGUGGGGCUGCCUUGAGACAAGGGGGCUCACUGCGCCGUCAUGGUGAAGUGCCCCAGCCCGGGGACCGUGUGCCUGCUGGCCAGGGGCCCAGAUCGUUGCCUCAGGCCUGCUGCUGUCGCAGAGCCCACCUGAGGCGCUGCCCACCAGGACUGCGGACAGGACUGCAUCUCUCCUCUCUGAAAGUGCUUCCUGUGCCCGGGGCCCACCGUGCCCUGCGGCCUCCUGUGCUCACUCUGUAGACCCUCUGGUAAGCGCAGGGAUGGGCAGUGUUGGCCAGAAGGGAGGCUCUUACAUGCUGGAAGAGGAUAUGUUGGUGAAUAUAUCUCAUCUCAGAACCUCUGCUACCAUUCUUUUGAAGGACUUAAUUUUUGUUUUACAGAUAUUUCAGCAUGUUUACAUCCCUUCCUCUCACAUUUGCCAAAUGUGAGGUAGGAACAAAGGAAGGGAAUCGAUGUCUAUUUUGCACCUGCUGUACGGUGGCUUGCGCAGGAUCCUCCCACAGGCCUUAACGGCAGACACUGUCGUCUCUGUUUUGCAAGUGAACAAAGCAAGACUCAGAGAGGUUGAAUGACCUGCUUCAGGUCACGCUGGGCUAAGAACUGAGACUGUUUGCCUGCGUAACUCCAAAAUCCUUUUUUUUUCCUCUGCUCAAGGUGGCAUCUCCCAAUUUUGUCUUCUUCUUAUAGAUAAGGAAGCUGAGUCGCAAAGGGGUUGAGUAGCUUCCCAUAAACCAAUAAAAACAGACUUCCUUUUCUAAGGUAGCCAGUGACAGCAUCAUAGACUGAGAGCCGGAGGGUCCUCUUAGGCUUUUGUUGAACUGAUGAUGAGGCAAAAGCCCAGAGUGUUAAGGGCUGAGGGUCAGAAAGUUAGAAGCCAUUUUUCUUGAGUUUAUUUUGUGGUUUCAUGCAUUGCUGCAGGACAGCCCGGUGUCCUGAAUUUUUUGGGAUAGCCUUCGAGUAUUUUGCCUGUCGGAAACCAUUGUUCCCCAAACUGUCGACUGGUCCUGUAGACUCCCAAUAACAUCCCUCACGCUGCCUCUGAAAAUGGCAUAAAGCUUCAGCCUGGUUUUUUUAGAAAACUUGAUCCCUUUGGACAAGCCGUAGUAAUUCUUCAUUCAUUACCGGAGGUUUGCCUGCAGAUCAGCUAGCUUUCUUGCCUAUCAGCAAAACCAACGAAUUUCCUAUUAGAAAAAAAGGAAAUACUGACCUUUUUUUUGGGAGAGGGAUACAGAUAUUGCUGCUGAGAAAUAUCAGUUAUGAAAAUAGUGGCCAGGUUGGAAUUUGGCAGUCCUUGGCCCCGAAUGGUUUGCGCUGAGGAUUUCCUAAAGUGAUACUGGACUCUGGGUCUUCAGUACUAACUGCCACUAAAUAAAACUAAAAUUCUUGCAUUAUGCAACUUCUAAGUGCCUGGUGAAUGCCAGGCUCAGUUCUAGGCACUGAAGACAGACAGAAACGAGGCUUGGCUUCCUGCUCUCUCUCCUGGGGACUCGGAGUGCACGGGCUGCACUUGCUGGCACGCUGGGUUGUGCAGACCACUCGGUGAUUCUGUGUUACGUAGAGCAUUUGAAGACCAAUAGCCUGUUUCCCACCCCCAGCCGACCCCACACAGCCUUAGUUCAAGCGGCUACAGCAGGCAUACCAUAGACUGGGGGCUUAGACAACAAGCGUUCCUCACAGUUCGGCAUGCUGAUCAAGGUCGAGGUGCCGGCAGAUAUGGUUUCUAGUGAGGACCUGCUUCCUGUUUCAUAGGCAGCCAUCUUUUUGCUGUAUCUUCACAUGGCACAAAAGGAAGCCCUGGGCUCUUCAUCCCCUUAUCAGGGUGCUAAUUCCAUCCUGGGGGCUCUACCCCCAUGGCUUCAUCCAACCUAAUUACAUCCCAAAGGCUCUGACUCCAAAUACCAUCACGUUGGUUUUGGGGUUUAGGCUUUGACAUAUGAACUGGGGGGGCUCAAACAUUCAGCCCACACAGCCCACCUAGUCACCCACCUUGCCUCUGGGCCUGGUCAUGGCCCUGUGCUCCUCUCAGUAAGGAUUAAGUCAGGGCGUCUUGAGCCUUCUCAAGUCCCUGUCACUCAGGCCUCUGCCAUGUGCAGAGCCAGCCUUCCCUCCCCACUGCCUCCCCUUCCGUGGAGCCACCCCCGUGAAGCCCUCUGUAGCCCCAGCUUUACCGGGAAAGAAACCAGGGGGAUAUGGCUUAAACUUGGCUGCUGGCCACAUCCUGUCUUGUCGUCUAGUCCUUAGUAUGGACUAGUAGGGAUUUCCUCAGUAUGACCACCCCGGAGGCAGCGGCGAUCAGCGCCUGGAGAGAAACAUGGGGCAUGAGUAGCCAAGACGGAGGGUCUCCUUCCGUAUGAGAGACUCGGGGCUGUUGGCUCCUAGCAAACUCCCGGUCUGCAGCCCCCAGGACCUGCCCUGCCUCUGAGGGCGCUUAUCUCGCUGUGGUCUUUGUUGGCCAGCGUCCACACACACUCGUACACCAGCACGCAGUCGGGGCUCGCGGGUCGCCAAAUGGCUGUCCUCAUGUUAAGACUUGGCCCCUUCGGGAAGUUCAGCAUCCGCAGCGUUCUGGCAUGUGGCAGACAGGCCCUUUAAAUAGUUGCAUGAAAAUGAUUCAUUUUUUCUGAAAGACUUCAUAAUCCCUAUUUAUUUCUGUAAUUCCUGUGAAUUAAUGUUUUAAAAAGGACAUACAUUCAUAUACAGCUCAAAACUAAGAUAACAAAAGGCUGUUCAGCCACAUUCCCAACCCUUGUUCCCGCAAACCAUGGAGCUGCACCAUCUCUGGUAGCAACAAGCACUUCAAUUUGCCAGUUGAAAAUAUAAAGAAACAAAGCCCUGGAUGUUUAUUACCAGAACAGAGUGUAUCUUCCUGAAAGGGUCAUGUUCCCUUUGACCUUGGUGGUUGACCUCAGCCUACUGCACCCAUGCCAUGUGUAGGGAGGGGGGCCUCCUAGACCACCUGUCCCUGUGGCACCCUGCCGUGCUGCCUGUUGGGUUGUAGCUGUCCGCUGGAUGUGUGCCCCUCCCAGGCGGGGUUAGUCUCCCAUUCAGGGCUGUACCCCAGCUGCUAUGAGCACUGCCCAGUGCGUGCUGCUCAAUAAAGGACAAGUGAAUGGCUGAAG